AUGAAAUGCCAUGCUCAAAAGAGCGACAAAUCGGCCCCUACCAAUGCUUCCUCACGGAGGAACACCAUCUCAGAAGGCGUCCCACCUCAGCCUUCCCAGGAUGACUUCAACAUCAACUCUCCUGCUGCUCUUGCCAAUGGACCCCAUGCAGGGAGUAUCUCGGUGAUGCAGAUUCUCUCCCCAAGCAACUAUCUCUCUCAGUCGGGAAAUGAUCCUUCUCAAUCCGCCAGACAGUCUUCGAUAGAUGUGUCCAACCCGUUUCUAGAUCCCUCAUCGAAUCCCGGCAAUGCCCUCACCAUGCAGCUCACUGGCUCGGCAUGGACGGUGCCUUCGCCCAUCAAUACCAUGAACAACAAGGCCUCCAGUUCCUCACAUGGUCAGAAACCGUCUCCGUCGCAGAACAGUGGUGAAGUAUCGACUUUUGAAACUUCAGUUACCAGCCCGCCAAACCCGGGCCAAACUCCUCGGUCUGAGAUCGCGCCCAAUCAAUUCUCGGAUAGCCAUAUCGAAUGGCUUCCCCAAACGGACAAUUCCAGCUCCAGCAACUUCCAUGAUCCUUUCCAGAUGUGGCUGUUUCCUUCUCUGGGAGACUUGGACCAAUCUCCCGACUUCCUGCAGACCUAUGGCAUCCCCGACCCGCAGCAGCCAUACCAGGACUCAAAAGAUCUGGUGAAUGGCAGGGCCUACGACCCUGCGGACAGGACGAAAAACAUCGCCAAGGUCCCUCGGGAACGCUUCUCUAGGGUCCAGCGAUGUUGGAAUCCCCGGCCAGGCCGUGUCCAUCGGAUUAUGCCCGUUCUUUGGAGGGAAGUCGCUUCAUCACCAAUGGAUAAUCUGUUCUCCGAAUCACCUGUGGCAGAUGACUUUCGGACCACGUCAAAUUGGGGUCUCGAUACUGAAUGCAGAGUGAGACUGAGAGACACAUUUCGCACCCCCGCGCCGUCAACAUAUCAUUCACCGAAGCUGCAAGCUGUCGUCGAUCCAGCUCUUUCAUCACAGCAACCAGCGAGCGAGGAAUUCCCGCCCGCUGAAAUCCUCGAUAUCGCGUUAGGCCUUUUUUUCCGGCGGUUUCACCCCACCGUCCCAUUCAUCCAUAUUGCGACGUUUUCCGUUCGGAACACUCCGGCACCGAUGCUAUUCGCCAUAUGUCUUAUUGGUUUGAGUAUCCUUGGAACAACUGGCGCUACGAGAUUUGCGUCGAAAAUGUUUCCCAGCUUUUUACAACGUGUUUGUAGUGAUUUAUCUGCCUGUGCAGGAUGCUCUGCAACAGCGACGCAGCAGCUGGUUCUGUUUGCGACUGGUCUGCUGACACUGAAUUUAUCGGUUAUUACUGGGGAUAAAGAUUGCUUCAAUCAGAGCCAGAUGCUUUACGUCAGUCUGUUGGCCAUGGUCCAACAAAACGGGCUGUUCGCGGCCGGCGAUGGACAGCCUCUCGAUGCACUUUUGUCCGAGAUGUCGGAAUCAGACGAUCGUUGGAAGGCGUGGAGUCGGAUCGAAUCGGCCAAGCGUCUGAUCCUGGGGCUGUUAUUAUGUGAUUCGUGGUUCUCAAACUUGUUGUCAAAGGCACCAAUCGUGAGAUCGGAAUCUGUUUGCGUCGUGGCGCCGUGCGAUGAGGCACUCUUCCAAGCUAAAUCAGCUACUCAAUGGCAAUCUCUGCUCCGAAGCGGUAAGAACCAAAGUGCGCCAACUUUCAGGAUUGAGGACCUGCACAAGCAUGAUAUGGCACCGAUUGGGAAGUUAGGAUACCUGGGGCGAUCAUCCCUGCUCGCAUUGCUUCAGAUCCAAGUUCUGGAAGCUUACCAACGGCUCAUGCCUCCGGAUCAAUUGACCAUCGGGUCAUACAUACCCUGGCACGUCUACGCCGGUGAUGCACGCGCCAGCACGCUUGUACCCGCCGUGCUUGCUGCUACUCACACGGCGGGCCCGCUUUCGAAAGUCGACGACACAAAUUGCGUUGUCCUCUGGCACAGUCUGUGCGUCAUGCUCUUGUCUGAUUUUCGCAUGUUCGAGCUGGCAGCCGGUCGACAUGGGGCCGCUCCUGCGACUGGCGCAUUGGAGAAUAUCUCCCAAUGGAGCCAAACUCAAGCCGCUCGCAGGGCAUGCGUGCACGCAGCGCAGAACUUUAAACUCAUGUCGGAGCGCCGAGUUAGCGACAACGUGACAAUCCACAGCGUCACAGCACUCUUUGCUUCCGCACUCGUACUAGGCCUCUAUCUCUUCAUGGUCAACCCGAGCUCUGGUCGGCAGGGCACCGCGCCUGUGGAGCUUAUGGACGCAGACCCCGACUGGGCUGAGUUGGGUGACAUGGGCUUCAAAGACGAAAGCCUGGACCCGACAGCGGUUGAACGGAAUCUCACCACGAACCGCGAAGACGAACACUUCAGCUUGGUGUACCAGUUCGUCAAAUAUGGUGGGGCCUUAUCUUUGGGUGGUGUGGCACAUAGUGGUGGCUACGAGGGUGCCAGGAGGGUGUUGCUGGAUUUUGCAAAUCUAAUGGACGGGAUCAGUGGGAGGAGACUGAGGACCUUUACGCAGGUAUUACAUAUCAUGAGCGAUGAUUUGAUGAAUGUGGAUCCUGCACUAUAG